CGUGAACAAAAUAUGGCGAUCUUAGCUUCCGUAUGAAGCGAGAAUAGACAUCUAAGACAUCAUCUGCUAGUGUGAAUAUAUGUUUGUUAACACCUGAAAGAAAGAUCUGUGCUUUCCGAGAUGUCAAGUGAAUUUUGGCUGAUCUCUGCCCCAGGUGACAAGACUGUUCAGCAGACCUGGGAUCGCCUAAACAUUGCCACAUCGACGCCCGAGAGGCUCUGCAACGCCUACAAGUUCCCCAUACCCGACCUCAAGGUUGGAACCCUUGAUAUUUUGGUUGGACUUUCAGAUGAACUUGGAAAACUUGAUAUUUAUUGUGAAAGUGUCACCAGAAAGAUAGCUCAGUACCUGGGAGAAGUGCUGGAAGAUGUCCGAGACAAGCUGCGGGAAAACCUCAAAGUAAAUGAUGCACCACCCAUCAAUUAUGUUCAGAGAUUUCAGUGGGAUCUUGCCAAAUACCCAAUCAAGCAGUCACUGACAAUUAUUGCCGACAUCAUUCAUAAGCAAGUCAACCAGAUUGAAUCAGACCUGAAAACUAAGUCUAAUGCAUUCAACAGUUUAAAAGGAAAUUUGCAAAGUUUAGAAAGAAAAGCCACUGGCAGCCUGCUCACUAGGAACCUGGGGGACAUUGUGAAGAAAGACGAUUUUGUCCUGGAUUCGGAGUACCUUACCACUCUGAUUAUAGCCAUUCCAAAGCCAAUUGUCAACGACUGGCAGCUUAAGUACGAGAAGUUGACGGACAUGGUGGUUCCUCGAUCAUCCAAGUUGGUAAAAGAGGACAACGAAUAUGCUCUGGUUACAGUUACACUCUUCAAGAAAGUGGUCGAAGAAUUCAAGCAUCACUGCCGAGAAAACAAGUUUAUAGUUCGUGAUUUCCAGUACAGUGAGGAGGAGAUUAUGGCCGGGCUGACAGAAAUCAGCAAGCUGGAGGCGGACAAGAAGAAACAGUUUGGUCCUCUUGUGAAGUGGCUGAAGGUGAAUUUCGGAGAGUGUUUUGCAGCUUGGAUACAUGUCAAGGCUCUUAGAGUCUUUGUAGAAUCUGUUCUUCGGUAUGGCCUUCCUGUAAAUUUUCAAGCCAUGCUCUUACACCCGACCAAGCGAUCAACAAAACGUCUCCGAGAAGUUCUUAAUCAGCUGUAUACCCACCUCGAUAACACAGCUCUUUCUGGGGCGAGCGAUAUGAUCCAUUUUACUGGUGUGGACAUUCCUGGCCUGAACAUGGGCAGCACAGACUACUAUCCAUAUGUGUACUAUCGGAUAAACCUUGAUCUAGUUGACAGUCAUUAGACGAAUCAUGGUGUUCAAGAACUUUUGUAUAAUGUCAUUGUAUAGUUCACAGAUUCUCUCCAUUGUGUGUCGAACUUAAACGUUUAACCAUACGUCAGUGGCUGGAACUUCUUAUGUAAUUAGAUUAAUGUCAAAAAACGUAGUCGUUAUUGUCUGUUUGUAGAUGGCUGUAGAUAUAAUUAUAUACAUGUAUAAUUAUGUAUUUGGGUUUAAAAAUUAAAUUGAUAGUUAUCUACUUUUGAAAAAGAUAAUAUUACCUUAGUUUGACACACCUUAGCCGAUAUAUUUCUGUUCAACUUAGCGUGACCUCAAACAAACGUCUACCAACCUAUAGCAAAUGCCAUUUGUGUGAGGUUAGGCUACGUAUUUAUGAAAAGAGAAAACAAGCCAUGUUUUAAUUUGUUUUAUGCUGGAGUGUCGUUAAACAUUCAUUCUAAACAAAAGAAAAAAUGUGUUUUUUAAAGGAACAUACCCUAGUUUUUAAACACUGAGGCAUA